CUUUUGUUUUUUGGAAAGACAUAUCAAAUCAGCACUCACUCCUCUGUUAACAUCAAACUCCAUAAGUAGCUUCUCUCGCUUACCCAAGACGUUCUGUAGUGUAGUCUCUGCUGUUGGGUGGCACCGAGGGUGCUGCCGGAGAUGGAGAGGAGCGAGGUUUCUGCGGCUGGGAACAUGAAGAAGAAGAAGAUGGGCAAGAGCAAGAACCUGAAGAAGGGGUUCAGCGACGAGCAGAUCAGGCUGCUGGAGACCAUGUUCGAGUCCGAGGCAAAGCCCGACCCGAGGCGGAAGGUGGAGCUUGCGCGGGAGCUCGGGCUGGAGCCGCGGCAGGUGGCGAUAUGGUUCCAGAACAGGAGGGCGCGGUGGAAGUCGAAGCAGGUCGAGCAAGAGUACAGGGUGCUGAGAGCCAGCUAUGAGAAGCUGUUGGCUGAGUUCGAGUCUUUGAAGACAGAAAAACAGGAUUUGGAGAAAGAGUUGCAGAAGUUGAGUGGCAUGUUAGAUAAAAGCCAAGGUGGGGGCAGGGUCUGCGGAGAGACUAGCAAUUUGGAGGAUGAAGAUACUAAUUGCGAGAACGAAGCCAACCCAAUUCGGCUACGCGAAUCUUUCGAUCGGAGUUUGAUUGUCACCUCACCAGAUGACCAAUUAAACGAGACGGAGAAGUCCGCGGAAGACGUGCAGGAACAUCUAAGCGGGGGUGAAGAGAAUUGUUCCAUGGCAUUGCCAGAGAAAUGGAGCAACUUUGGUUCGAAUGACAUGUUAGACUACCCUUGCAGCAACGUUGCGCCGUGGUGGAACUUCUGGACCUGAGAAGGGGUCGCCUAGGCGAUUGAACUUUCGGGAUUCAGCGUAACAUCGGGGUCUCAGCAGCAGCGAAAACAUUGUACAGAACGGGGGUUAGCUGGUGGGGUAAAUGGUCCUACUCGAACAGAGACGAAGAGACCGCUUGGUAAUAGAGGCAUCGCAGAUGAGGGAAAUGAGGUGAAUUUCAGAGCUCGAAGCAUGGACUUCUUUUGUGAUGUUAGUACAGUGGACAUGUAAAGACAUGUUGAGGCAUUUGCAUUUGCAUU